GCGUGUUUUAUUUGGUCAGUUGUUUGGCGCUCUAAGAAGGUCACUGUGAAAGUUCCGUUACACGCGGCGUGAGUUAUCCCAUAUUCGUGCCUGCCAUGCCUCGACAAGUAGACAAUAUAAAGGAGUUCCUACAUAUGACACAAAGGGCAGACGCGAAGUCUGUUAAGAUUAAAGAAAACAAAGACAAUGUCAAGUUUAAAAUCAGAUGCAGUCGAUUUCUAUAUACGCUUGUAGUCGUGGAGAAAGAAAAAGUUGGAAAAAUCAAGCGUUCACUCCCACCAAAUCUUACUGUGAAGGAACUGUAAUAUGUUACUUAUAAUAAAGGUUCCUAUAUAUUGUAUCUUUUUUGGUAAUAUCUGGGAGUCAGGGAAAGCCCAAAUACAUAAUACGAACCAAACACGGCGCUGAACAGAGAUGAUCACGUUGAGCAGAAAGAAAUUAGGUAUAAGACACUUUUAACCGGACAGUAUCAGGAACCAAGUGAACAAAUUAGAAAUAAAACGGUCGAAACCUACCGUUUCCAAUUGACGCUAGCAUAAGGCAUUGAAAAACACUAUAAUUUGAGAGCAUAGCGGUAAACAAAGCAAUUACGAUCAUCUGCGUAUAUGACAGAAGGUUUAACAACCACAUGAAAUAUCGAGAAAUAUGCGCUAGAUAUAAGUUGCAACUAUCAUAAAAAACACGAAGAGAAACAACUCAUAGCAGGUACGUAGUCCCCUAGAGCACGAGACAAGGUAAUUAGAUGCCAUGUUGAGAAAAGUGAUUAAUGUAGUGUUUGAAAUUAUAAUAACCUAGAAACUGUGUCGAUCGAUCUGUUCCUGGAUAAACACAUUAGAUUGCGCGAUUUACUGGAGUGUAUGGAUCAAAUGCGAAGCAGACAAAUAACACGAAUUCAUUUUAUUCAGCAAAGCUUGUUCUUGCUCUGUUUAAUUGUAUCAAGGGAUCUGGUUGUAUGACAUUUAGUGUUUGCUUAGGCUUUUGUGUAUGGGAAAGAAGUUGUGAUUGAUGAGUAUGGAUAUGUGGGACUCCUAGAUCGUGUGUUUUGUGACUUGGCUUA